AUGGCCAACCCAAGAGGGAAAUGCAAGGCCAUCACAUUAAGGAGCGGGAAGGUGAUAAAUGAAGCAUCCCCAUGUCAAAACAAGCAAGAAGAGGAAGUUGUAAAUGAAUCCAAAACCAAGAAAGAAGAAGAAAAUCCUGCACCAUCCCCACCAAAGCAAGUUCUAAAGCCUUAUGUACCACAAGCACCUUAUCCACAAAGGCUGAGAAAGGAUGGGAAGGAUGGCCAGUUUUCUAGGUUCCAGGAGAUUUUUAAAAAGCUUCAAAUUAACAUACCUUUUGCUAAGGCAUUAGAGCAGAUGCCACUCUAUGUCAAGUUCUUAAAGGAGCUCAUAACAAGGAAGAGAAACUGGGGUGAAAAGGAAACUAUGGUGCUCACUGAAGAAUGUAGUGCUAUCAUACAAAAGAAGCUACCCCGAAAGAUGAAGGACCCUGGGAGCUUUCAAAUUCCCUGCAUCAUAGGGGAUAUCAACAUUGAGAAGGCACUAUGUGAUCUGGGAGCCAGCAUCAAUUUCAUGUCUUUGGCUAUGAAGAAAAGAAUGAGAAUUGAAAAAGCAAAACCAACAAGAAUGGCCCUGUAA